AUGCCUGUAUCAAUAUCAACAUUAAAUCCAACAACGCUACCAACAGUUGUACACCAAGAUGGGCAAUUUUACUAUGCAGAAGGAGAUAUUUAUGAUGAUCAAGAUGGACUUGGUGAUGAUUCAGCUGCCUCAGCCGUUUCCGAUCCAAAUUUAUAUAAUUUAACAACAAGCGGAAACGAUGAAGGACAUAGCGAUCAAGUUGAAGACGGACAUUCCUAUGCAGAUGACGAUGAUGAUGAUGACACGGAUGAACUUGUCUAUGGAAAUUCCAUGUCCGUUCAUCGUUCUGGAUCAAAAAAUACUGUAACCGAUCUAAACAAGGAUAAAAUCAUUGUAAAUCCCUCAACAAUACGACCAUCUUUCAUUUCAUCCGAUGUAUGGCAAGAACUAUUCAAUAAACCAGCUAUCGUUGUCGGUGUCGUCGGUGGAGUCGUCAUCGGAAUGCUGUCCGCUAUUCUUUUAAUUAUGUUCAUUAUUUAUCGAAUGCGAAAGAAAGACGAAGGUUCGUAUGCUCUAGAAGAAGGACCAAGAAAAUCACCGUCACAUGCAUAUACACGCGUAUCAUCAAGAGAAUUUUUUGCUUAA